AUGUCGAAGCUUCCAGAUUUUGAUGACCUUCCCAAGGUUGAUGGCAUGCCCAAAGGCUGCGCAUGGGGUGUCUGGGAUAAGAAUGGCAAGAAGGACAUCUACGGAACCUUGAACCUCCUGACCCCAGAUGUCAUCAAAGCCGCAUACGCCGAGGCAAAGGAAGGCGUGCACGUCUCGUUGAACUGGCCCAUUGGCGCCAUCAAGACUCCAGGCUUUGGUCGCAAAGGUCUUGUCCACAAGGUGAUGAGCUUCGUCGACUCACCAUUGAAUUGCCAUGGCUACGACGACGAGGUUGAAUUCAACACGCAAUGCAGCAGUCAGUGGGACUCCUUGGUCCAUUUCCAUCACCAGCCCAGCCAGGCGGGAUACAAUAACACCAAGACGAGCGUCAAGGAGCUGGAGCAGAACCAUGAUGAUGACCAUGAUUCCGAGAAGAAACUCCCAACCUUGAACCACUGGCACUCACGUGGCGGCAUGGUUGCCCGUGGCGUCUUCAUCGACUUCAAGAAAUACGCGGAUGAGACCGGACGGAACUUCAACCCAUUCACCGACGACAAGAUCUCCAUCGAAGAUAUCGAGACCAUUGCCAAGAAGCAAGGCGUCGAGUUCAAAGUGGGAGACGUAAUCAUCAUCCGCUCCGGCUUCACCGAAGCCCUCACCGGCAUUUCCGGCGAGAAGCAGCAGGAACUCAUGGGAUCCCAUCGAGUAUGCGGCGUUGUCGGCGACGAAGACAGCGCUCGUUGGUUCUGGGACAAGCACUUCGCUGCAGUUGCCGGGGACAUGAUCGCGUUCGAGCACAUCCCCUCGGUCGUCAAUGGCGAAGAGGUCCCGGUGUCGGGUCUCGUGCUCCAUCAGUACUUCCUUGGUCUGUUUGGUAUGUCGAUUGGCGAGCUGUGGGAUUUGAAGGCGUUGUCGGAGACUUGUGCGAAGUUGAAUCGAUAUACUUUCCUGUUGACGAGUGUGCCGUUGAAUGUACCCGGUGGUAUUGGGUCGCCGCCUAAUGCUAUUGCUAUAUUCUAG